AGCUUUUCUAUGGGCAGGGAGGCAUGACCAGCUCUCACCAGCAUCUCCCUUCAAGAUCGCCCCCGCACUCAGUUUGUCGCCAUGUCCAUGGUGGUCCCCUUCCCCGUAGAUGGGGUUCGGGUCCAUCUCGACCUUUUCGCCAGGGUUCGGACGGAGGAGUGAGGAUGGGUCGCCCUUCUCGGCGGAAACGGAUGCUUUGACCAUGGUCGUGCUCGUCGUCGUUGUGUUCGGAGAAUUUGUGUUGGAAGUGGACUGCAGGUGAUGUCGAAUAUUGGCAGUCGAUCACGGUCGAAAGUUUGAACGAUCGCAAGGUGAGGGUAGUUGAAUGAGCGAAUGACCCGCUCGCUGACAGUAUAUCUAUAUAUUAUACCGGAGACCCCUCUCAGGGUGGAUCACGGCGGAGAGGCGACGAUUGCGAUUGCGACGACGACGAUGGAUCAGCUCUCCCUCCCUCGGGAUCGACCCGCGACCAACAAGAAAAAUGUACGGUAAUCUCAUGCUCAUGCCGUACGACCCCGGUCACCAUGCUGGUCCCUCGGGCUCCAACGACGGUUCGCGGAAUGCUUCGGUCAAGCCAAGACAAAACGGGAAUGAGAAUGACGUCACCGCCGGUCUUGUCCUGGUUCGGCUGCGAGUAUGGCUUACGAUUCCUACCGUUGUGGCUUCGGGUCACGUGAGACCUCUUUUGAUCUUCGAAGAUCGCCGAUCGUCGAUCGUUGCUCGCAUGGAAUGGAUCGACGUUUCGGGUGCGAGUGCCGUCGGCAUGAUGUGGCAGGUUUCACCUAUCCGAGAACGCCAGAAGCGAUCCGAUAGGGUCGAUCCUCGUAUCGACGAUUUGCGAUUUGCCGUCGCCACCCCAAGCCCGACUAAUCGCCCGAUUCAAUGUAGUUUGGCUCUCUUUCAUCCGCCCCUUCUCGUCGAGCGAUUUGCACACGAAUAUGCGACAAGCAACGUUGGAUUCGAUGGAAGUGACUACAUGACUAUCGCCCUGUCGUGUGUCAUCGCUCCCAUGUCCAACAGCCCGCACAGCACCUAUGUCUGUUAUGGCUGGGCAGACGAGACAGAUCAUGCGGAUCCGAAUUUAUGCGCAAUGCCUUUCGCAUCGACGUACCAAGGACAAGAAGGGCAUGGAAUCAAUCACACGGUCCCGACUGGACCAUUCAAUCGAGACUCUGUGUUUCCACAGCAGCCACUGGUUUCCCGUCAGGCUGAUAUGUCCACAAGGGGUCUCACCAGCUUCACACGGAUGGCUGAUCAUGCGGGUCUGCUGACACAGCCUGGAGAUAUAAACCAGACAACCUCUCUGUUUGUCCAAGAGCCCGCUCAUUCGCCAUGUCGGUCCGUUAUGGAUGCCAAUUACCCAUGGAAUUAUUCUGUUUGGCCUAGUACGGUCACCGUUCCCUCUGCGUUUGGUCCCUUAGACCAAGCUCCAACUUGUUUCCAAGAAGAGUUUCCAGACUCGGCUCGAUACACCCUACAGUCAAGUAAUCCAACGGAGGACGAGCCCAGUCAAAACUAUCCUGGCCAUUCUUCUGCAUCCAUGAGCGCAAGAGGAAAUGGCGGGUCGAACGCUAAUACGUCUGCCGUCAUCUACGGGGGAAUCACGAAAAUCCAUGUUCGCCGCCCGAAGAAGGCGGUGACACGGCGAGGACCGCCCGACAUAUCGGCAAAUGACUUCGUCGCCUCCAAGAUAGACAACGCAAUGGAAUACAGCGUCUCCGCAUCACAAUCACGAAGUACGAGAUCUUUCGACAAGGUUGUGGAGAAACGGAUGGUAUGGGUAGAUCCGAAUUACCAAGGAGAUCUGACGGAACAGCUGCGCAAUAACAUACAGAAGAUCAGUCGAGCUCUCCGUAUUAUCGCGGAAGCUUGGGAAGUCCAGCUCGGGACAGGGACGCAAGGUAUAUACAAGAUUACUUGUAUCAGAGAGAAGGACGGGAGAACUUCCGUGCUUUAG